AUGGGGCCUCCGCUACCUCGUCGCCUUCGCAAGAAGCCCCACUUUUCCACCAAUCUCGCUUCACUGGCCUCGGCACUUGUCCUCCUCCUCGCGUCGGCAUUUAGUUUAACUCUUCAUGCCUCCGUCGCGUCCGCGGCGCCCGGCGAUCCGGAUUAUGCGGACGCGCUGGCCAAGGCGAUUUUGUUCUUCGAGGGGCAGCGUUCCGGGCCGUUGGAUCCCGCCACCACCAGGGUGACGUGGCGCAACGACUCGGGCUUGCAGGACGGCGCGAAGAACAACGUGGAUCUGGUGGGCGGGUACUACGACGCGGGCGACAACGUGAAGUUCGGGUUCCCCAUGGCGUAUACCGUGACGGUGCUGUCGUGGGUGGUUGUGGAGUACGGCCGCCAGCUGGACAUUCAGGGGCAGCUCGGGUACACUCUGGACGCGAUAAAGUGGGGCUCCGAUUUCCUGCUCAAGGCGCACACUGCGCCGAAUGAGCUGUGGGGCCAGGUGGGCGACGGCAAUUCGGACCACAGCUGCUGGCAACGGCCAGAGGACAUGACCACGGACCGCACAGCCUAUAAGAUAGACGCCACCCACCCCGGGUCCGACCUGGCCGGGGAAACCGCGGCAGCCAUGGCUGCAGCGAGCAUGGCGUUUGCGGGGAAGGACACGGCGUACUCUAACCUGCUGCUCACGCACUCGAAGCAGCUGUUCUCGUUCGCAGACACGUACAAGGGCGCAUACAGCGAUGUGAUCACCAACGUGCAGAACUUCUAUCGCUCGUGGAGUGGGUACCAGGACGAGCUGGCAUGGGCGGCAGCGUGGCUGUACAAGGCGACGGGCAAUGCGAGCUACGUGAGCUACCUGGUGACCAAGGAUGGCACGCUCAAGGCCAGCACGGAGCGCCUUUCGGAGUUCAGCUGGGACAACAAGUACGCAGGCGUGCACAUACUCAUGACCAAGUUCCUCCUGGCGGGCACGAACCCAGCAGGCAGCAGCACGCUGCUGGGCAGCUACAAGCAGGGCGCGGAGUACUAUGUCUGCAACCAAAUGCCCGGCCACUCUGCCCCGAAGCUCCCGCGCACGCCGGCCGGUCAUUUGUACAUCUCGGGGCGCGGAGUGAACAACCAGUACAUCGUCAACAUGGCCUUCCUCUCAUCCGUGUAUGCGGACUACCUGGCGGGGGCAGGCGCCACACUCACGUGUGGCAGCACCGUCUUCAAGCCCAGCGACAUUGUGGCCGAGGUCAAGGCGCAGGUGGACUACAUGCUAGGCAAGAACCCCCUCAACCUCUCCUAUGUGGUGGGCUUCACAGCCAACUACCCACGCCGCAUCCACCACCGGGGGGCGUCUGUCGUCUCGUACAACGUCGACCCGCGCCCCAUCGCCUGCGGGGCCUCCUUCUCCUACCUCUACGUGGAUGCUCCUAAUCCCAACGUGCACAUUGGUGCUGUUGUGGGCGGGCCCAAGGGCGACGGGACGGACAGCUAUUCAGACGUGCGCAACAGCUACGAGUACGGAGAGCCGACCACCUACAACAACCCCGGCCUCGUAGGCGCCCUCGCUCGCCUCCUCGUCGGCGCUCUCCCACCCGGCCCCCCGCCUCCGCCCUCCCCUCCCUCUCCGCCUCCGCCCCCCAGCCCUCCUCCAUCCCCUCCUUCUCCGCCCAGCCCCCCGCCUGCUCCCCCCUCGCCUCCGCCCCCGCCGUUCUCAGACGUAACCGUCCUCUGCUCCAUUGUCUCCUCAUGGACAGACAGCAACGGCCCACAGAAGCAGUGGAACUGCGAGGUGCGCAACGAGGGCAUCUACGCCGUGCGGGGCAUCACUCUCACCGCCACCUCCUUCUCGCCCAACUCCCUCUGGAACAUCGACCGCUCGCUCGUCCUCCCCGACUGGGCCGCCAACCUCAACCCCGGCGGGUCGGCGGGGUGUUUGGUUCCGACUCCAUCAACCACCAUUCUCAACCACCACCACUCUCAAUCCUGUUCCCCCUCCCCGUCAUUUUCCUUUCUUCAUUCCCCUUCCAAUCCCCUUUUCCCCCACUUCACCCCUUCCUUCAAUCGUGUUCUCUCUCCCCUCCUGAUUGCAGCGCCAGUGGCAUUCCUGCAGACCAUAGACACUACAGUCCCUCCCGCCUUCAACGUAUUCAACUUGACCAUCCUCUUUGAGGCUCCCCACAAUCGUCUCUCUUCCGCCCUCCCUGCCUCCUUCCCUUCCCCCCUCCCUCCCCUCUUCCUCCCCCCUUCUUCUUGCAGCCCCAGUGACAUUCCUGCAGACCAUAAACGCCACGCGCCUGUGACGUUCCUACAGUCAAUAGACGCCACGGUCCCGCCCGCCUUUAACGUGUUCAACGUCACCAUCAUCAACUACACCAACAAAACCAUCCUCUCUCUCAAAAUAUCCGCGAAAAACCUCGCCCCCCUCUCCCGAUGGGGCCUCAUAGACCACCCCACCGCACCCGGGUUCUUCACUCUCGUUCCCAAGAUGUUCCCCAUAAGGCCGAACGAAGCGGUUACUCAGCUGGGGUACUUGCAGGUUGGGGCUGGGGCGACGUUCACGGCUGCGGCAAUGACCACUGCGCCUGCUCCCCCCUCCCCGCCUAAGAAACCGCCCCCGCCCAAGCGCCCACCGCCGCCACCGGUUUGA